AUGAGAAUCCAACCACUUCUUUUGACUGCUUAUGCGACCCUUGCUGUCGGCCGAGCUCUGCGAUGCAAGCCCCAUGAGCAUCUCUCGUACCAUCGCAGCCAGUACACUUUGCCCGGAGGAGAGCUGGCCUCAGUCACUCCCGGCAUUUCAACGGGUGAAGCUGCUACUUCGCAUGGCUACAACACUCCCUCGUCCCUACCCCUAAAUACGACCACCUUGGCCAACCUUGUUCGUACAAGCGGCUUAACUGAGGAUCAUUCAUCCUCCAGACUUCCAGUGCAGACUUCUCUACCUACAACUGCGUCUUCCCUUUCCGCAUCGACCACCAUCAUCACUACUGUGCAAACCACUUCUUCAACCGCUUCAACAGAGGUAACCAAGUCCAGUAGUGUACCAGAAACUGCCGACUCUGACAAGCGACCCAAGAAGGGCAUGUCCUUCACCAACCAAGAGGUAGCACAAGCCUGGGGUCAAAAGAAGAUUGGCUGGGCUUACAAUUGGUGGACCGGUCGAGGUGACAUCCCAGAGGAGAUGGAGUAUUAUCCCAUGGUCUGGUGUCCUACCAAGAUUGGUGUGGACGGCUGGACAAAGGAUGCCGAAACUGCCAUUGCUUCUGGAUCUAAGCAUCUGCUAGGUUUCAACGAGCCAGAUCAACACGGGCAGUGCGACAUCCCAGUGGAGCAGGCUGUUGAGGGAUACAAGAAUUACAUGAACAAAUUCAAGGGACGAGCUCUCCUUGGUUCACCGGCCGUCACCAAUAAUCCCGCUCCUCGAGGUCUCGAUUAUCUCGGUCGGUUCCUUGAGCAGUGUGGAAACGAUUGCCGUGUCGAUUUCCUCGUAACGCACUGGUACGGGGUGGAGCAGAAUGGAGUCUGGAACUUCCAGCGUCAUGUCAACAAUACCAUCGAGCUCGCCGAGAAACACGGUAUUUCGCAGGUCUACAUUACCGAGUUUGGGAUGACGGGAGCCGACGUCAAGACGACCAGUGCUUUUAUUGAAGAAGUUGUUCCCUGGCUGGACCAGAACGAAGCAGUCGGUGGAUAUGCGUACUUUGGAUUCUACGACGGCAUUCUGAUGAAGGCCGAUGCUAUCAGUGAGCUUGGCCAAGCCUACGCAAGGGCGGGCUAG